UUCAAACCACAACGACCCUUAGCCCGGCAUCUCCUUAUGAUUAGGGAUCAUAAGGCUCCUGCUGGCCCCAGACCAGCUGCGCAGUCCCCGACUCGAUCGUGCGUUAUCCCGUUCAUCUCGCCUCUUCCAGCCUACAACAAUACAAAAGAUACUAUACAAUUGAGAUCACUUCGUCCGGAAUAAACCGCUGACUCUACUUGCCUCAUAUCAGGACCAAGGAGAAUAUCCACCCCGUAAACCGAAUUGACAACGAGCCAAUGCUUCAUGCGUCGUCCUCCAACAACCAUUCACUCUUCUCCUUCGGUCGGAAUGGAGCCCAGAGUGACAUAGACGAUACCACGACGACUUCCUUCGAUUUCUUACCCUCCGUCAGUUUCGAUGAUCUCCAAAGCAGUCUCGAAUCAGCGUCUACCGAUUUCAAGUUGACCCAGUUCCCGUCGCCAUCCGGUCAAGGGAGCAUUCUUGACGAGAAACCCUCAGACAGAAUGGCCGGCCAAUCUUCAGGUGCCGCUGCCCAGAAUGGCGCGACGGCGCGCGUGGGAGCCCAGCCAAACCCUACUCCCAACACGGCUACUAGGCCGUCCAGGUCUGGAUCUAUACUAAGGAGACCGAGCACGUCAAAUCGACAAGUUAGCAACGGAUCUGUCGUAUCUGUGUCUUCGAGCAUAAUUGACGCGCCAACUGCACCCGCUGCGAUGAGGAAUCGACGCCAAAGUCACUACCCCCCGGUUUCCAAUAGCAAUAUUGGUAAACCGCCAAGGAAGUCAAUCGGUCCAGGGGGGGUUAUUGAUGCUGAUUAUGGUAGUAGAGGAGGGCAAAAAAGGCGACCGAGUGUGAUAUCAAAUGCUUCUGAUAGAGGUAUUGGGGAUUCGACCCGAACAUCAAUCGAUAUCGCUACUGGACAAACAGGUGAUACGACGAGAAUCGUUACAAAUUCACGAACUACAAAGGCUCGUUCAGUACAGCCUCCGUCGUCUAGGGUAUCAGCAAAUUUGUCAGCUAGUACAGCCAGCACAAAUACUCUCGCUCCAGAACAGAAUCGUGUAUCAACUGCGUUUCCACGAUCGCCAAGAGGUGCCGGCAAAGGCUCCACGCCUAAUUCAGCGAGAAGGAUGUCUGUAAUGCCUGGUUCCCAUGCCACCGGUCUUGGUGCUAGAACCAUCUCGCCAACCGACGCACAACGAAUGAAGCGUAUGUCGAUCCAUCCAGGUCAAGAUAUGCCACAGAUUACGAAUGCGCCGCCACCACCCAUAGACGUUCGCCCUCACUCACGGUCGCCUUCGAUGAUCCCGCGAAAGACAUCCACACCUUCGUCUUUGAGAACAACUCCAGAGGUUACUAAUAGGAAAUCGUACAGCUCGGGGUUGUCGGUUAAUUCGACAAACAGUUUCAACACGCAUCGAACCUCGACGGGUUCAAUACAGCGAGCAUUCCCUCAAGGCGGUCCAACAUCUAGGCUUCCCGCCCCAAAGACCUUAAUUGUACAUAAUCCGCCCCCUGGUGAAGAGGAAGAAGAUGUACCGCCUGUACCUGCAAUUCCCAAGGUUUACGAAUCGCCCAAGGAUUCACCAGCAGAACUAUCAUUCCUCGAUAAGAAAAAGUCGACUUAUGGGUUCGAUACAAGUAGUAUUCAUAGCAAUUCUACCGGAACUCCUUCAGGUACUCCAUCGCUAGAGCCAACGAAAAAGUCGCAACGCAAACCCAAUACUCGAAAACAUGCUCCACGAAAAACUCUAGGUGGUCCUACCUCGGACAUCGAGCAAAAGCUCAAUGGCAGCCAGUCUAAGAAGAAUCUGCAACCUUUACGACUUCCUCCACUCAAUCUUGGCCCAUUAAGCAUACCUACCGAGGCAAAGAUCGCAGCUCUGCGAGACUCAGGUGAAGAUAGCGGGAAAUUGAGCCCGCCGCUUUCACGAACCAUUCCAAAAACACCCACAACACCAAUGACUGCGUCUAAAAGCACAUUCUUUUCCCGAAAUCGUGGGGGUAGAGAUCCGGAGAAGUCUGCACCGCGUAGUAAUAGCUCUAUUCAUCAUAGUCGGAUAGAAAGCCCAAGUGGAGGAAAUGGGACAAGCUCUUCCGAAUCGCCCUUGGAAGCUACUUCGAAGAACCGGAUUCGCAAAGUCCCUGCCUCGCCUCUUGCAUCGGUCGCUUCGAAGAAUAAUGCAUUCGGAAGUCAAUUAACGAAGUCGAAGACGCUUGGGGAUAUAACGUAUCCGACCACGGUCGAUACUAUUAUUGAGGCCAGGCCUCCGCAGAAGCCAUCUGGUCCACGCGCUCAAAAAUUGACGAAGCCAGCCGCUAAACCAGCUCCAGAACCGAGUCCCGAAGAGCCCCCAACACCAUCCUCAAUGAGUAAUUUGAGGAGGAAGUUAAGUUUGUCGUGGAAGAGGAGUAACUCUAAGAGUAGUCAUCACGCAUCUUCUGGGUCUGUUGAUAAGGCCGCUGAGAAGCACACACGACAAGAUAGUAUGCCACCCCCACGAAUCCCAGUCUCUGCGUCGAUGAACGUCAAUUCUACAAAAGCAUCGAGUCCCAGUCAUGCCGCGAAGCCUUUGGGAACGUAUCUAGAAACCAGGCGCAGGAAGAGUUCUGCAUCCAGCCUAAAUACCAUGUUCACCCAAAAGAGCCGUAGCGAUGCAUGGACAAGUUCGAAGGAAGAUAUCGGUAACCACUCUAUGAUUGAGACCUCGUCACAAUCUCGCAAUCCGUCGGUGCAGAAGAUCGUCCGCCCGAGACCGUCGGCAGCGUCGAUUAGACGCCAGGAAUUGUACACCACCGAGCUGGACAAAGACGACUUGGUUGCUGAGGACGAAAUGAAGAAGCUAGCAUUGAGGAAGAAAGAGACGGAAAUCGCGGCUCGAACAUUAGAUGCGCUGCGCAAGAGGGCGACACCGAAGGAACGCGUUGGACCUCACGAAGCAAUCCGAAUAGCCAUGUUGAACAUAUACGAAAAGGGCGAGAUUGUAGAUUAUAACGACGUCUACUUCUGUGGAACCCAAAACGCGAGCAAAGUCAUUGGCGAUUUGAAUUCAAAUCUACCAAAUUUUGGUUACGACGACGAACGUGGUGAUUACACGAUCGUUCCAGGUGACCAUCUCGCAUAUCGCUAUGAGAUUGUUGAUGUUCUCGGGAAAGGCAGUUUCGGUCAGGUGGUGAGGUGUAUCGACCACAAAACUGGUGUGCUUGUCGCGGUGAAGAUCAUCCGCAAUAAGAAGAGGUUCCACCAACAAGCUCUUGUCGAAGUCAAUAUCCUUCAAAAGCUUCGCGAAUGGGAUCCUCAUAACAAGUACAGCAUGGUCAACUUCACCCAUAGCUUCUAUUUCCGUGGCCAUCUAUGCAUAUCAACCGAACUACUCGACAUGAACCUCUAUGAAUUUAUCAAAUCUAACGCUUUCCGUGGUUUCUCUCUCAAGCUUAUAAGACGGUUUACAAAGCAGAUGCUGAGCUCACUCAAUCUCCUUAAACAACACAAGGUGAUUCACUGUGAUCUUAAACCGGAAAACAUCCUACUUCGUCAUCCUAUGCAUUCUGAGAUAAAGGUCAUCGAUUUCGGCUCUAGUUGUUUUGAGAACGAAAAAGUUUACACCUACAUCCAGUCCCGUUUCUACCGGUCUCCUGAGGUCAUUCUGGGAAUGACUUACGGAUUGCCAAUUGAUAUGUGGAGUUUGGGUUGCAUUCUAGCUGAGUUGUAUACCGGUGUUCCUAUCUUCCCCGGUGAAAAUGAGCAAGAACAGCUGGCUUGCAUCAUGGAAGUGUUUGGGCCCCCGGAGAAACACUUGAUUGAAAAGAGUACGAGAAAGAAGCUAUUCUUUGAUUCAAUGGGCAAACCGCGCUUGACGGUAUCUUCCAAGGGCAGGAGGCGUCGCCCGUCCUCCAAAACACUUCAGCAAGCCAUUAAAUGUGAUGACGAACCUUUUCUUGAUUUCCUUGCUCGUUGCUUGCGAUGGGAUCCCGAUCGCCGCCUUAAGCCGGAAGAGGCCAUACGCCACGAAUUUAUUACAGGCCAAAAGACUUCGGUUCCUGUCCCUAGGACACGGGAAUCUUCGCCGGUCAAGCGCCACAACACCAUUUCAACACCACGACCCUUACCGGAGCCGCCAGCACCCGGCAAAAACGGUCCAACUCUACGCCCACGAGAGGCGAAUAAUAUUAGUCCUUUGAAAUCCACUGCUGGCGCCAGGCGAACCUCCAACUUCACCGGUCCAUCAGCUGCAACUGGCGGUGCUAAACGAACUAGCGGAGGAACUUCUGCCACAACAGGAGGCAGUAACCUCCCUCGCGUGGCGGGUCGAAGUGCUAGUGGUAAACAAGACCUAGCCUCAGCAGGGGCAAAUGUUGCUAUGAGUCGACGAGCUUGAAUGAACAAAUGUUAGCAUACUAGGUUUCUAACCUCGGAUCCCAACAUGCUUUAUGAGAUUAAUUGGUUAUUUCUUUUCGAGGGCAUACCACAGCGCGGACAACCCCGCCUCUACGUUUAUAGGUCUGUUUCGAACGGAGGCGAGAUAUGUUGUAAAUGACUCGAAGUCGCUGCUAGCAAAGGGCGAGUGUCACGAUCACGUCCAAAUAG